UGGAGGUGAUGACUGUAUUCUAAAUAAUUACCUCAAAAUUAAAGUUAAUUACAUUAGUGCAACUGUGCCUUUUGAUGUCAGUGGUUUUAACCUAAAAAAGAAUAGACUAUUUGUUGAAAUACUGCGUAAAACAGUAGAAGACACCUUACACAUCUUCCAAUCGGAGACAAAAUUAAAAAAAAAUACUACCUCAUUAUAAAUAUUAUAUUACUUGAUACUUAAAAAAAAUAUAAAUAAAAAAUGGUAGUUACUUGCGUUAUUGGUAACUGUAAAAGUUUAUGGAUAAGAGGCGACAUUAUUACUUUUCAUUGUUUUCCUAAAGAUAAAAGUUUACGCAAACAAUGGAUUUCAGCAAUUCCAUCUAAUAUUUUAAGGACUACAGAUAUUACCCAACAUUCUAGAUUAUGUAGUAAACAUUUUACAGCAGAAUGUUUUACUGAAUCUACUUCAUUUAAAUCUCUACGAAAUAUGUUAAAUAAGAAUGCUGUUCCAACAAUAUUUGAAGACCGCCAAGUGUCCCAGUAUCAGUUAGUUGAAUUAGGAAAAGAGACCUUGCCAAAUAUAUUAAACACCGAAGUUGAUCCGCUAGACAUUAGUAAUGAAAAUUAUAAAAUGGAAGAAUCGAAUUUGUCUUAUGUUUUAAAAAGAGAAGUUGGUGUACAAACAUUAAAACGGAACUUUGAUGAAUCAGAAAAAAUUAUACAGAGUUUGACAAAACGCUUGAAACAACGUGAUGAAAAAAUUAAGGACUUGGAGGAACGUCUGAAAAAGAAAGAAACUGAAGAAAAAAGUAAUAGUAUGAAAAAGAUAAAAGAAGCUGUUAACAAAUACAUCUGCGAGGAAAGAAAAGAAUUAUUUUUGCAUGAAUUUGCGAAUAAUGAGACUGGUCCUAGUAAGAAAACUUAUAGUGAAUAUAUGAGGCAAUUUGCCGCAGCUACAUAUCAUCAUAGUCCUAAAGUAUAUAAAAUUUUAAAGAAACUGAUUACUUUACCGACCGCUUAUACUGCAGCUAGAUGGUUGAUAGAUUAUAGUCAAGAUCCACAAUUUAUGGAAGACAUAAAAUGAAUUAUUCUUCAACUUUUCAUAUAAUUUUAAUUAUAAAACACUUAUUCAUUUCAUACACAUAGUAUUUCAAUAUCAAAAUUA